GUUUUUCAAUCUUGCACCGCUGGACCAGGUUGGGUAUAAAAUGACCUAGUUUGAGGCUGAAGCCGAGGGUUGCGUCAGGAUCUAUCGUGUCGUUAUGAUCUGUGUCCGCCGGCUUUUGGCGGCUGCUCUCUUUUCAAGCGUGGUUAGUGAGCUUGACAGUGGCAGGCGGCUCUACACCAACAUCUGGGCUGUCCGCAUCUCUGGUGGAACGGGAGAUGCCGGGAGGAUAGCUCUCAAACACGGCUUCGUCAACUUAGGACGGGUUUUUGAAGAUGGGCAUUAUUACUACUUUAAACACAAAGCAGUGUCGAAGCGAUCCGUCAAUCCACAUCAAAUGCGACAUAGACGGCUGGAAAAGGAACCCAAGGUGAAGUGGCUGGAACAGCAGGUAGUAAAAAGACGACAGAAACGGGCAUUUUCUGUUCCUUCAGACCCUUUAUAUCGUAAGCAAUGGUACUUGAACAAUGCGAUUCCUAAUGACCUAAAUGUUCUAUCCGCCUGGAAGCGGGGUUACACAGGAAAGGGGAUUGUGGUCACCAUCCUGGAUGAUGGAAUAGAGAAGAACCAUCCGGACUUGGCUGAAAAUUAUGACCCUAAUGCAAGCUUUGAUAUAAAUGAUAAUGAUCCUGACCCUCAGCCUAGAUAUAACUUUAACGAUGAAAAUCGGCAUGGAACACGGUGCGCAGGUGAAGUGGCUGCUGUGGCCAAUAACCUCUGUGGCAUUGGUGUAGCAUACAAUGCCAAAAUUGGUGGGGUACGAAUGCUUGAUGGUGAGAUCACUGAUGUAGUGGAAGCCCGCUCACUCAGCCUCAACCCUCAGCACAUCCAUAUCUAUAGUGCUAGCUGGGGUCCAGAGGACAAUGGGCAGACUGUGGAAGGGCCAGCAAUGUUGGCAAGUCAGGCAUUCCUCAGGGGUAUUACAAAUGGUCGAGGUGGUCUUGGUUCCAUCUUUGUCUGGGCAUCUGGUAAUGGAGGCUUCCAGCACGACGACUGUAACUGCGAUGGUUAUACCAACAGUAUCUACACACUGUCUGUAGGCAGCACAACUCAACUGGGAAAUGUCCCUUGGUACAGCGAGGCCUGCUGUUCAACACUCACAACUACCUAUAGCAGUGGAACCAGAACAGAAAAACAGAUAGUAACAACAGACCUUCGUUUACGAUGUACAGAAAAACACACUGGAACAUCAGCAUCUGCGCCACUUGCUGCUGGGAUCAUAGCUCUUGCUCUGGAAGCAAAUCCUACACUGACCUGGCGUGAUAUGCAACAUCUUGUAGUGAGAGCAUCUAAACCCCUGCAUUUAAAAGCAGAAGACUGGGCCAAAAAUGGAGUGGGACGCAAAGUGAGCCAUCACUAUGGGUAUGGACUACUAGAUGCUGGACUUCUGGUGGAUUUAGCAACUAAGUGGUUGACAGUGAACCCACAGAGGGAAUGCUCCAUAGAGAUUAGUAAAUCCCCACAAGUUAUUUCUGACCAGCUUGUUAUCAAGAAAUAUAUUGAUCCUUGUUCUCGAACUAAAAAUUACAUCCGAUCUCUUGAGCACGUGGAAGCUAGAGUGUCACUGAGCUACACACGAAGAGGUGAUCUGAGGAUUUCUCUCACUAGUCCUAGUGGGACAUAUUCCAAGUUGGUUGAUGUAAGACCAUACGACACAUCACCCCAUGGAUAUAGGGACUGGACAUUCAUGACCACACACUGCUGGGAUGAAGACCCAAAAGGAGUUUGGACUCUUGAGAUCGAGAAUAAGGGAAGCUCCAGAAACAAUGGAGUUCUAUCCUAUUUUAAGUUGCACUUAUAUGGUACUGACGAAAACAUGAUGGCAAGACGCAUAAAGGAUGCAGUGAUAAGUCACUGUAGAAACUGGAAUGAAGAUGGACUCUGUGAAGAAUGCCAAAGUACCUUUGUCAUCUUUGGACACCUUUGCCUUGCCACCUGUCCUCCACACUAUUACAAUGUAUUAAGAACUUUAAAAAAAACAGUGAAUGGCGUUCUCAGAAAUUUCACCACGGACACCUGUGCUCCUUGCCAUUCAUCUUGCUAUUCCUGCAAUGGGAAUUCUGUAAAUAACUGUCUGACGUGCCCUCCAUUUUCUAAUUAUGAUGAAAACCGACAGUCUUGUUCAACUCCUAUUUAUCCAAGACGGUCAGGAAUGAGUGAAAGGAGUAAUCAAAAGCAUGGGCUUUACAAAAUCGCUGUGGUGGUCACAAUCCUCAUUGGUGUACCUGUUGCCCUGGUAUGUGGUGUAACGUCAUUGUCAUGGUUGAUAUACCGUUUAAGAAUGAGGCAGACGGUAAUGGUAACCACCUCCCUGACUGGAGCUUCCGAAACAACCCAGCUACAAGUACAGUGUGACACUACGGAUGAGGGAACUGGAAGCAGUGAGACAGAAUCCACUUACUUUAUUACACGGUUGGACCAACAACAGGAUCAUUAAAAAAAAAACUAAAUGCA